AUAAACAACAAUGUAAUGAUGGCUGCCGCGACUUUCCUGGGAGGAACUCUGACCAUCGCCACGCCCUACUGCACCGACUUCCUGGCCAUGUUGUGCAUCCGCGGCGUCACCGGCAUAUUUCUGGGCUGUAUUGACUGUACUACAAACGCCGAGCACAUGCAUAUCUGGGGCACAGAAGGUCAAGGUUUGCUCCAGUUUGCCCACUUCUCGUUUGCCAUCGGAGGAAUGAUCAGCCCAGCGUUUUCCGCGCCAUUUCUUGCAGAGAAAGAGAAUCAGACAGCGUUGGGGUCGUUUCUAAAUGUGACACUGGGAUCCACAGCAAAUGAGACCAGGGAUAACAGUUCAACUCUACAUCCCAUAACCGAUGUUCAGUAUGCAUACUUCAUUUCAGGAAGCAUCUUAUCUUUGACAGCGAUUCCAUUUCUAGUGAUGUUAUUUUUCUGUAAACAGUCUGCAUCUCUCCAGCCCAAACAUGUAGAAGGCAGCGCUCAAAGAAAUAUCCCAGUUUGUAUGCAGAUGUUCCUCGUUGCUAUUAUUUGUGCCUACUAUAUGACCUAUGUGUGUAUAGAGAACACUUUUAGCUCAUUCCUGGAGUCUUUUGUAGUCACGCAGUACGAUGAAGUCAGCGAAGAGGAUGGCGCAUACAUUACAACGUUCUACUGGGCUGCCUUUGCAGUGGGCAGAUUCUCGGCCAUCUUUGUCUCAGACUGGCUCAUCGCCGUUCGACUUUUGUACUUCCAGUUCUGCCUGAUGGCUGUGGCAUUUGGCGGGUUUCUGGCCAGCUCUCUCUACGGCCAGCUUGAUGCCAUGAAAGCAUUCACUUGUUUGAUCGGUCUAGCCCUGUCCUCUGUCUACCCGGCCGGUAUUUCAUGGAUUGAAGCCGAAGUUAUGACCGUGACUGGACGCAUUGCUGGGGUCAUUCUGGUGGGUAGCUCUAUCGGGUCCACAGCCAACCCGUACAUCAUGGGCUACCUGAUGGAGGAACAGUCCAACUUUUGGUUCUGUUACUUCCUCAUGGGUUCAGUCGUCCUGACCAUUUUACUGUUCCUGUUUCUGUUACUCUUCAACCGAUUCUACGUUAACCUGAAAUAUGGCAAGUUUGAUCACAGCCACACUCCAGACAAAUAUACAGAUGUACAGUCUAAACAAUCAGAGACUAAAUAUGCAUAG